AUGGCCUUUACUCUGUACUCACUGCUGCAGGCAGCCCUGCUCUACAUCAACGCCAUCACUGUACUGCAUGAGGAGUUCUUCCCCAAGAACACUGGCUGGGGAACAGACCCGGGUACUGGCAGAUUUGGAGAGGAGCCAGGACUCAAAUCUCUGCUAAUGAACCUUAUUCAAUCUGUAAGAACUGUGAUGAGAGUGCCAUUGAUAAUAGUAAACUCAAUUGUAAUUUUAUUACUUUAUAAUAUGGCUAUGAUGUGA